UCCCUCCCCACUCGGGAGUCCUGCAGUACCGCACACGGCCGCGGUGUCGCAAGAGAGGCGGCCCUGCAGUACCGCACACGGCCGCAGUGUCGCAAGAGAGGCGCUCCACUCACACGUACACACACACACACACACACAGCUCUGCUAAAGAUGUGAAAAUGGCGGAGCUACAAAUGCUUCUGGAAGAGGAGAUUCCAGCUGGACGAAGCGCACUACUAGACAGUUUCACGAAUUUGGAAAGAGUCGCGGAAUACUGCGAAAGCAACUAUGUGCAGUCUCCGGACAAGGAGCGAGCGCUGGAGGAAACGAAGAACUACACCACCCAGUCUCUGGCCAGCGUGGCCUACCUGAUCAACACGCUGGCCAACAACGUGCUGCAGAUGCUCGACAUCCAGGCCUCGCAGCUCCGCCGCAUGGAGUCCUCCAUCAACCACAUCUCGCAGACGGUGGACAUCCACAAGGAGAAGGUGGCGCGGCGGGAGAUCGGCAUCCUCACCACCAACAAGAACACGUCCCGCACGCACAAGAUCAUCGCGCCCGCCAACCCCGAGAGGCCGGUGCGCUACAUCCGCAAGCCCAUCGACUACAGCAUGCUGGACGACAUGGGCCACGGGGUCAAGUGGUUGCAAAGGUUUAAGGCCAGCGCUCAGAACAUGAAGGCCGGAGGAGCAGGAGGAGCAGGAGGAGUAGGAGGAGGAGCAGGAGGACUCCCUCGCACAAACCCCCCCACACAGAAGCCCCCCAGCCCGCCCAUGUCGGGGAAAGGGACCCUCGGGCGCCAUUCCCCCUAUAAGACGCUUGAGCCGGUGCGUCCACCCGUUGUCCCUAAUGACUACGUCUCGAGCCCGACGCGCAACAUGGCGCCGCCCCUGCAGAACCCUGCAUCCGUUAAUCAGAGGAACCGCACAUACAGUAGUGGCAGCAGCGGCGGCAGCCACCCCAGCAGCAGCUGCAGCAGCAGCCGAGAGAACAGCGGCAGCGGCAGCGUGUGCGUGCCCAUCGCCGUGCCGACCCCGGCCCCGCCCAACGCAUUGCCAGCCCCCGUCCCAUCCAACCCAGCUAAACCUCCCCCCAACACUGCCACCACCACCGCCCCUGGACCCCCUACCACCGCCCUAGACGGCCCCCCACAGGCCCCGAACCCCCCCGUAGAGACCCCGCCUGUGCCCCAGCUCCCUGCGGCCCCCAUGGGCCCCCCUGCUAACGGGAACCCCGCACAAGAUUCUGCUCAGUUCUACAGCAUGAAUCGCCCGGCGCAACCGCCCCUGAACUCUCAGGUGGGUGGCUCGCUGCCGUACCGCCGCCCCACCUCCGUCACCGGUCAGCCCAACAUGGCCCAGAGCCAGCUCAACGGGGGGCCCCACUUCAACCAGAGCCAAGUGAUAGCCGGCCCGCCCGCGCCCCCUCCCCCCUCCAUGCAGAUCACCCCUCAGCUGCCUCUGAUGGGCUUUGUGGCCCGAGUUCAGGAGACCAUCUCAGACGUGCCUCCUCCGCCUCCGCCCGCCGACGAGCCGGUGUUCGACGAGCCGACGCCCCCUCCUCCGCCGCCGGAGGACUACGAGCACGAAGAGGAGGAGGAGGAGGAAGGGGAGGAGGAUGACGAGGAGGAGUCGGCGGUGGUGGAGUACAGCGACCCCUACGCCGAGGAGGACCCGCCCUGGGCUCCUCAGACCUACCUGGAGAAAGUGGUGGCCAUCUACGACUACGCCCGGGACAAGGAGGACGAGCUGUCGUUCCAGGAGGGCGCCAUCAUCUACGUGAUCAAGAAGAACGAUGACGGCUGGUACGAGGGCGUGAUGCACGAGACCACGGGCCUCUUCCCCGGCAACUACGUGGAGUCCAUCAUGCACUACGCCGACUGAACAAUCCUUCGAGGGCGACGGGGAGGGAGGGGAGGAGCCAAGGGUUAAAGGUCAAAGACUUUGAUCAGACAGAGCAUGAUCAGCUCCGAGAGAGAGACGGGAAAGAAGAAGCUGACGCCCAGGCGCCAUUGUACAACAACCACUACUCUUGAUAUAUUCUUCCCUGUAAUAUUAUCUUUCUUUCAUUUGACUGAGGACGGGAUGGUGAUGGAUUUAUUGUAUUUGGAGAGUUUUGCGUUACAUUAUGAGGUCACGACGUAGAUGUUUGCUUCAUUUUUUUGGGACCAAUUUGCCCUUAUUUUUUAAAGAAUAUUUAUUUGGAUUUUGUAGUGGGAUACAAGGUGAGAGGGAUGUAGUCGGGGGGGGGGGGGUCCACACCGCAGCCUUCGGAGGAAAAGGGCCGGAGGAGAACGCCUUCUUCACGUGGCCACUUUCUCCUCAACACCCGAGACAAUUUAGAGAAAAGUACUCCUCUAAAUUCAUACAUAUAUAUAUAUAUAUAUAUAUAAAGUAUAAUGCAACAACAAUAUCCUCGGUGGAGAUGAACUGUAGUUUCCGUACUUGACAGAGUGUUUGUGUUCCGGUGCCUCCGGCGUGCCAAAGCUGACGAGCACAUCGGAGGUCUCGAGGUCCGAAAAGACGAGCGCUUUAAAAACACCACAUUUUCUUGCUUCAUUUAAAUUACAUUUUAAGAAUAAGUUUAAUUAGGUUUUAAUUCGUUAGGUUAUUCGGCUGCUCGCUGUCGUGGAUUUAGAAGUCUCGCUCCGCCGGUGGUGAUUUAUUGAAGUUUGUCGUCUCGACUGGCGGGGCUCAUCGUGUGCAGCGUUCACCGGCAUCGGAAACCGGAGACUUUUUAUUUUGUUUUAAUUCAUUUUUUGGCGUUUACCAUGAGGUCCAGAAUCUGUUUCUGUUGCUUGCGGAGCGGCGAGGAAGGAGAAGAAAAAAACUCUGCCGGUGAUUAAUGUCUUAAUAUUUUUCUAUAUGGUGUGGUUUUGGUUUUGAUAUUCGACCGCGACGACGCAUUUAGGUCGCGUCUCAGAUGCUUGUGCCAUAUUGAAGUGUGCGUUGCUGUCCGGAGGUCAUCACUUAAUUUUGCAAUAAAUCGGCCCGAGUGGGGAGGACCGUCGACUCCAUGCCGACCGGGUUCUCCCUUUUUGUUGUUUUAAAUCCAAAGCACAUUGUAGUGAGAACGUAAAAGGUGUAGAAGAAGAACUAAUGUAAAUGUGAGAUGUAUUACGUCCUCAAAAACAGGACUUAUUGAAUAUGAAAAGAUGCCAGCUAUUGUGUUGAAAUGGUUUUAACCGUCAGUCGUAGGCCCCGCCCCCUUCCCCCCCCCCCCCCCCACACACUAUAUUCUCGAGGCCGUCGGCGUCGUUCGUCCUCCGUCACGUCUCCAAUGCGCUCGGCUGUUGGGUGUUUUUGCGAGGGCUCAUGUACUUAUGUCAGAAUCUUUAUUUUCUAUAUAUAAAAAAAAAAAGAAAAAAAGAAAUAAUACCAAGUGGGUCUGUGUGUGUGUGUGUGUGUGUGUGUGAGAGUCUUGCAUGCCAUUGUUCUGUACCGGUGUCCCCAAAAAAACCUACGCGGCGAGAUCACCCAUUCUUAAAAAGACGAGGCUCAUCCAAAGAGACUGUCCGACUUACGUCAAGCGCACGUCAGAGGAGUGACCUUUGACCUGUGGGGGAGGGACAUGGCAUUAGCCGUCAUUACUUCAGCGCCCCCCCCCCCCCCCAUACGUUGAAUCUUGUUCCAGACACUAAAAGCAUCAAUCGAGGCCCUUGGCCUGCAGGAUCCAUGGCUCCCUGGAGUCACACAACAGCCCAUAAUGCCAUUGUGUUGCACAGUUAACGUUGAAUUGCAGAAGUAUCAUAUUUGUAAAAUCAUGAGAACAAAGACAAUAAAAUUAUUACGAUUUA